GGUAAAAGCCAAAAAGGGUGAAGAAAGAAGGGAGGAAGUGGCCGCCUGGACUGGACAGGCAGAGGAGGCUGAACACUGCCUAUCUUGCAGGCGCUGCCAUCUUGGCCUGCUGCAGACUGCUUUCCUCCCAUUGGUUCAGCUCUAGAAGAUGUCAAGUGGCCUGCAGGAUGCAGCCAUCACCAGCUUCCUCCAGUUCAUUGAAGACAAGGGGUUCAAAGUAUAUACAUCACUGACAAAACAAAGCUGUGACACAGGCAAGGUGCCAAGGUGUCUCCGAGACGAGAUGAAUCUCCUGUACCGGAAAACCAAGAUGGAAUGGAAACAUCGUGAAGAUGAAUCAAAGAAAAAUGUCUGCAAGGAUGGGGGACUGGGAAGGGUGCGGGAUCUCGCCUCCUUCCGCAAGCACUUCCGAAUGGGUUUCAUGACCAUGCCAGCCUCCCAGGAGCAUGGGCCACACCCAUGUGCCAGUGGAAUGACCACCCGCUCUCUGUCACUUCACUCAGUGGGCAGUGUGGAGAACGGCGAACACUCCUGUACCAGAAAACCUCCAAGCAAGCCCAGGCGUCAUCCCAGCACCAAACUCAGCCUGUGCCCUGAGGGCAGGAGCAGCAGCGGGGAUGAAGGACUCGGAUCAAAGGGCGAGAAAGUAAUGCAGAGGCCAGGCCUCGAGGCAGGAGACAGCGGGCGGAGGAUCCCACCCCUGAAGCCGAAGCGGAGCCCCAACACCCAGCUCUCCGUGUCCUUCGACGAAGCCUCUGCUGGCAGGGCCUCCCUCCCUGUGACAUCUGGGCCCAGGUACACUCCACCCGCUGAGCCUCCCUGCGGCUCGGAGGAAGAGGUGGCAGGCGAGGAGGAGGAGCCAGUCUACAUUGAGAUGGUCGGAGAUGUUUUCAAAGAGCAGAGUGCAGCUGAUGAAGAUUCAGACCACAGUGAGGCCAUCUACGAGGAAAUGAAGUACCCUCUACCCGAAGAUGCCACACGGGAAGCAAAGUGGAGCAAGUUUGUCUUCCCGAAAUCCAGUACAAGCAGAGGUUUGAGCCAAGCGGGUCCCAAGGCUCCUUACCAGGCUGACUCCAGAGGCUCACCCCAUGACAUUCCUCCCCCUUUUCCAAACCUUCUCCUGCAUCGUCCGCCUCUCUUGGCCUUCCCUCAGUCCGCCUCCCAGAAGGCCUACAAGACUCCCCUUGCCCUCACUGUCGCCAGCCAGCCUGGCUCCAAGCUCCCUGUCCUGCAACAUGGCGACUCAGCCCCCACCCCAGGAGAUGCCCAGUCUGCUGGGCAGCCGAUUCCCAGAGUGCAGAAGGAGGAUGGGCUGCAUCAGGGUGUCAUGGUGCCCUCAGGGAGGGCGAGAAGCCACUCAACGCCCCUUCCCCCACAGACAUCUGGUCAGCACCGUCCUGAGAAGGAACUGCCCACAUCCCAUACCAUGAAGGCUUUGGCCCAGUCAGCAUUAGCAGGCCGUCAGACCCAUGUUUAUCAGAAGGCUGAGAGGGACAAGCCCCCAUCACUCAGUGUCAUCUGCUCCUCUGUGAAAGUCACCACCCACUCACUGGUCACCCAGGCCUCUGGUGACCAGAAGGUGGACAAAGAACUCUCAAGUGUACAAAGUGUGUUCUGCUCCAUUAGUAAAGCCAGCACCCCUUCCCGGCCUCUGUCCAGCCUCUACAAGAUGCCAGUGGCGCAUGGGCUACUGGAGCACCCUAGCCUGCCUGGCCCAGGCUCCCUAGUGUGGCCUUACCUCCCACUGGCUUGCAAACGCCCUCCGGCCUAUGACAGUCUCAAACCUGGCUCAGCCCAGAGGGUCUGCCCCGCUGUCUACCAUGCAACGGUGAAGACCCAAGGACAAGACAGAGCACCAGCCUUCACCAACAUCUGUUGUCCACGUUCAGUCACCAACCCAGAGGCACGGAGCCCCCCUGGGGAGGCUAGUUCCGGGCACGGUUGGCAGCGAAAUCUGCCUUGCAGCAGGAAGGCACAGGACCCAGAAGGAGGUGCCCCUGGCAGGAGUGGAACCAACGAAUCCAUGGACAAGGAGGAAAUUGCUUCGGCAAUACCACUGAAAACUCAGGGCGCAGAGGGCUGUACAAUCAAGGGGCCCUCACGAUCAGGGCUGCCCCAACCCUGCCCGAUGACUUGCCAACGGAGUGUAGACUCCGCACUCAGCCAUCGCCUUGGUCGUUCAGCCUCCACCUCAGGUGUACGUUACCCUCUUGCUCAUCUGCAGCGACAGUGCAGUCAAUCCCGAGACUCCCCAAGCCAGGGUCUUCAGCAGCAGGCACUACGCGAGAAGGAUGGGAAGCUCCUGGAGGUAAUCGAGCAUAAACGGUGCCUGUGCAAGGAGAUCAAAGCACGACGAAGACCGGAAAGGAGUCUAUGCAAACAGGACAGUAUGCCUAUCCUCCCAAGCUGGAAGAAAGGCUCAGAUUCUCGGAAAACUGGGACUCCUCCGUGCCAACGACAACACACUGUCCUCUGGGACACAGCGAUUUGACAGUGCCCGUUUCUUCCUUCUGCCCUUACCCCCACCCCAAACCCAGGAGCAAAGGACAAGCCUGUUCGCUUGCGACCUUUGAACUCCAGAGACUCAAUCUUUGGGCUUGUAGGACAUCAGGUCUCUGCACGGGACCUGAAGUAGCCCUGAUUGUAAAACACUUGGGGAAACCCCCUGACGACAAACCCACCCCCAAAAUUCAAUCACUCCCACCCCUUGCUUCAUCAAUUCUAACUUCCUUGCCCCUGUUCCCUCCAUUGAGCCCUUCAUUGUUUCCUAUACUCUGAAACAGAAUAAGCCUUCAGAAAACAUUCAUCAGUCAGCAAGUAUAAAGCCCAGGCUAACAGAGGACUGACAAAUGAUCUCUGCAUCAUGUCACGCUGAACUAACCAAUCAAUGAUGGACAAAACAGUGCAAGCAAAUGGUGGAAAGCAUGUCCAUUGACCAGCCAGUUCAUGGUCACCCAUAGAGGAUGAAGAUCGGCCUUCGCUGGUGCUCAGUGUUUGACACGUUUUGCUACUGAGUCAAACAAUAAGCGCAAGAGCCUUGGUUGUUCAUUGAUGACCGAAGAACUGGAGAGCUACAGAAGAUAGCAAGGCCAGCUCCUCUGUUAGGGACAACAUGUCGCUGACUCUGGCCCAACCCACACAGGAAAAAACACUCCAAUGAUCUCGCCAUCCCUAUCUCCUUCCUCCCCCACCCCACAACCACCCUGCCAAUUGAAAAUCCAGAAUGGUCUAAACCCUUACCCCUGCAUCCCAUAUUACCCCAGUGUCUGUCGUGACUCAGGCCUGUCACUGACUUGGGCAAGUUGGCAGCUGAAGUGGUAUCAAAUGUGAGGUGUGCAUGAGAACUGGGCAUCAAGUAAUAGUGAGAGCAGUGUAUACAAGGGGGUAAGAUCAGAUUUUAGGGUGCCAACAGUAGGAGGGCUGGACAUGGGGUGCCACCACCUAGUCAGGGAAUGAGAGAGAGAGAGAAAGAAAGAAGAGUGACUCCCUCCAAUCAAUAACCGCUUCAGCCAGUGUUGUACUGGUGAUCAUGGGAAACAGUCACUGAUAGAGAAUGUUCUAUCCAAAAUUCACCUCCCUCAGGGAAAUAAAAGGUUUUGGAAGAUGAAGUGGAGAAAUAAUGCCACAGUAGACAAUGUCCUGGGAGUGGGACGGUGUAGAGGGAGUUUUAGUUUAAGCAUAGAGGAAAUUUUAUUCUAUUUAACCCAUGCUGUACUUGUCCUGGGAAUGUUUGAGGAUACUAUCAAAGAAGCUUUCAAAAAAAAAAGGAAUCUUUAACUAACUCUGUGCUAUUCAUGUCUUGGGAGUAUUCACAAAUUCUGUGAGGAAGCAUGUGUUCUUGUCCUCAGUCAGCAAGGCAGCUUUUGCUGUCAUGGGGGACAGAGUUGUGAAACAGUUGGCCUUGGUAAUCAAGGCAAUAAUGAAUAAAA